CCCUCUCAAAUGCAGUAACAAUCCACAACCCAAUGUCCCCCCCAACAGACCCCCUCGUCUCCCCCACCGACCUCUUCCUCCUGGCUAUUCUGCGCAUCUCCUCUCGAAUAUCUACCUGGUACUCCCGAGUCAAUCCAACUAACACCCCCAACCAGGAACAAUGGAAACACACCUCCCCGCUCACGCCCUCCGCCCAACGCGCCCACAUCUUCGCCGAAUACACCACCCUUGGCGUCGAUGGACAACAGCCCUACACAACCCUCCUCGCCAACGCGGCGGCAGCCACCACGCCAAGCUCACCCCAACCGAACGAGCCCUCCUCGACCGCGCACGCUCCCCGCCGACAGACCGGUGCAGAAGGACGGGUUGGGUUCCUGAUCCCCUGGCUGCGCACGGCCUACCACCCUUCCACCGAUGAAACUUCGCGGUGAUAGCGGCCCAUCUCGUCAGUGAGUUCGGUGGUGAUCCGAUUCUUAAUGGUGUGGGGUGCUGUGGUUUUGGGUUGGAGUGGCGAAGGGUCUUUGGCGGGUGCUGUAGCUUCUGUGUAUCAUCGCUUGUGGCGGGAGGCGCUGCAGGGGUGUUGGGUGG